AUGUUACCGCCCGCCUAUCUCCCCCUCCUCCUCCUUCUUCUCGCCACACCCAGCGCCACCGGCAUCCUCAACAUCACAGACCUCCUCCCCAUCACCAAGCCCCCCCCCAACAGCCUGACCCUCAACCCAAUCCCCAACCCCUUCCCCGUCCCCAACACCGACAUAACCCUCGACUUCGCCACCCCGCCGCACCUCGCCCCCCUCCUGCCCCAAACCGACGUCACCGACUGCUUCGCCCUCGCCAAAGUGCACUUCGAGACGCUGAUCCACGAACACGGGGACGGGCCGAUCGCGUACAGCUACGAGAUGACGUACGGCCGGGUCACGUUGAAGAUGUUUUCGGAAAACGCGCCGAUGCGUUGCAUCACGUACGGCGAGGCGCUGUCGGUGCUGUUGGGGAUAUCGUUGAAGAUGGCGAGGGAGGGGUUUGAGUUCAGGCGUCUGCAUGUGUUGCAGAGUGAUGAUGGGGAGUUGCUGGGGAUGGCGGUGCUUGAGGAUGUAGAAUGGCAGACUUGUUAUGAACAUGCUGGCGGAAAAUGGGGAUUUCGGAAAAGCUUUCAAAGUUUUGAAGUCGAAGAUUGA